AUGGAACAGCAAAUAAACAAUCCCCAGACGCAAUUAUCCUUGGGACCUAUGGAGUGCCCGGAUCGAUAUACAAUAGCCACAUCUAGCGUCAUAAACACCGAUACUACAUUCUACCAAUGCUGCCCUUCGAGCUUCGGUCUUUCGCCUAUCUCACAAACUCGUUUUGGCAAUCCUCGCGUCUCAAUAUCUCUCCAGCCAGAUUGUUCCUCGUUACUUACUCCACUCCAAGUAUUCUCAUACUCGGAAUUUCUGAGAGAUGGGGGGACAGUUACAACUCGAGUGAUUACCACCACUGCUACAAACGGAGGAGCGUUAGUAGCGUAUCCUAUCAAAGGUUACAAAUUUGCAUCCCUAGCCGCUACGACAAUCGGUUCGACCUCAUCAAAUAACGGAGCUCCGACUCUGGCCUCUUUCUCUUCUGUAGCCAUUGCUACACAGUCAAGUCCAGCCGGAACCCAAAACGCGAAACCUCUUUCCACUGCAGCCGCGAUCGGUAUAGGCUGCGUUGCGGUGACUGCAGUUGUCUUACUCAUAUCGAUCAUCGCUUUUUGCCUUCUGAAACGAAGGAAAAGAAAAGCAAGCGUGAUUUCCGCCGAGAAAGUUGCAGAGCCAAUUGAGGGACUGAACGGGGAUAUCAAUUUAGAACAAGCGUGUGGGCCCAAUGCACAUGAACUCGGUCAAAGCAAACAGCUAUCGGAGAUGCACUCUGAACGCGAAAUAAGGGAAUUAUCAAGUCAAACUCCGCCGUUGGAACUGGAAAGUGGAGCUGAGGAGGGUAAUGGGACCGUCACCGAAUGGCUCCCGCUAACUUCAGCGUAUUCCGCACCUCCUGAAUGCGCACCCCAGUUCACAUCUCUUUCCAAUUCUAUUAGCGCAGCUCCAGAUUUCUUCCCCUGGGUGGGUUCAGCGUUCGAAUUGUCUCUUACAGAGUACGAUGGCCGGCAGAUCAAAUGUCUUCCCGAUGCAGCGACUCAAUGGCGGUAUCAAAUGGGCGCUGGUGUGGGUCAUUCAUCGAGGCUAUCACUGGGUCCCAUGGAAUGCCCAAUUUUAUACACCACAGCUGCUUCUAUAUCAUUAAAUAGCGAGACUACGUUUUACCAAUGCUGUCCAUCGAGUUAUUCAAUUAUGAAAAUGAACCAAAUUGAAGACGUUGGCGACGAUGUAUGGUCUACCAACUCAAAUCGAGCUUGCACUUCUCUGCUUUCUUCAGCACAAGUUGUCUCUUACUUGGAGAUGAGGCCUCGGCUAUCUUCACAACAAAUGGUUACUACGACUGUUGGGUCAGGCGCACGAGUAGUCGCGAGUCCACUCAAUGGUUAUAAGUUUGCAACUCGCGGCGAAGAUCCGUCGUUAAUGGCGACUGUCACCAUGAUGGUCACUCCUACGAGCGCAAUUCAACCUGGGACCACUGCAACCUCCAACCAGCCUCCUGUCACUGGUGUAGCUAACGAGGCGUCUUCUACGAGAUUGCCAACGACAUCAACUCGGGGAGUCUCACUUAUUACUCUGGUAAUUAUUGUUUUUGCAAUUGUAGGCCUCUUUGCAAUAUUUGGUGUUGUUGCUUUUUGCUUUUUGAGGCGCAGAAAGCGAAAACGUGCCGAUAUUGCAGCUAGGAUCAACAACUUCGAGAUGAUAGAGAACCAAUACGGACCGGUCGAGAUUGAUGACACGUGGACCCCCAAGCUUCCUGGUAGAUUUAAAGAGAAACUUUUGGCAGGAAAUAUGUCAGCAGAAGACGAAGUAAGGGAUUGUCUGGUCAGACCCAGCCGCUAG